AAGCAGCCUGCCAGGGAGAAGGGGUGGGGCUUAGAGCCUUGCCCUUUCAUCACAGUGCUGGGACAAAGCAUGGCCACCAGACAUGCUCGUUCUAAGGAUGACCUUUCCUGUCCAAUUUGUGGACAUAUUCUCAGUCAGCCAGUAGUCCUCACUUGCAGGCAYAGGUUUUGCACAGCCUGUUUAAAAGACAGCUGGGACACACAAGAUAGCAAAGAUUCCCAYUACUGUCCCCUGUGUUGGCGACGUUCCUCAAUGGAUCAAAUGGUGGUUAACACCGUGCUGGAGAAGGCCUGCGAGUCCUUUAAAGAAGACAGAAGAAUGAAUGAUCCAGAAACGUGUAAAGAACACGGAGAAACGCUCACACUCUUCUGUUUGGAGGAUUUGGAGCCUAUUUGUGGUGUGUGUGGCAAAGCAGCUGCACACAAGGGGCACAGGCUCUAUCCUGUUCGGGAAGGUGCUCAUGACUGCAAGGAGGAACUGAAGAGCGCACUGCUGCCCUUGAAAGAGAAGUUACAGCWGUACAAAGGCGCAAAACUCGUGUGUGAGGAAAUGGCAGAACACGUGAAGAACCAAGCCAAACACACUGAAUCCCAGAUUAAAGAGGAAUUUAAAGCCCUUCAUCGUUUCCUGGAAGAGCAGGAGGCUGCAAGACUCGAUGCUUUAAAACUUGAGGARGAUCAGAAGAAGCUCAUGAUUGAGGAUAGGAUUGAAGAAAUUAGCAACGAACUGGAAUCUCUUUCUAACACUAUCAAAGUAGUGGAACAAGAAAUGAAAAGCCACAAUAUUCCAUUUCUUAUGAAUUACAAGGAAACAAUUAGAAGAACUUGGCAACGGCCUCGUGACCCACAACUUCUAUCAGGYGCUCUAAUUGAUGUGGCCAAGCACUUGGGCUCUCUGAAGUAUAAAGUAUGGGAGAAUAUGAAGAAAAUUAUUCAAUAUGCUCCGGUGAUUCUGGAUCCCAAUACAGCAGCUAGCUGCUUUAUCCUCUCUGAAGAUCUCACAGUUGUGCAGAACUCUACUCAGAUUUUCAAGCUUCCRGACAACCCAGAGCGCUUUGACGUCAGUGCUGAGAUGCUUGCUGCCGAGGGCUAUUCUGCUGGACGCCAUAGCUGGGAAGUGGAGGUAAAUGGCAACACCUACUGGGUUGUAGGAGUAGCCAGUGAGUCCAUCAACAGAAAGGGCAAGCACGUGCUGACACCAGCUGAGGGAUUCUGGACUAUAAGAUACCGCAAUGGAGAGCAUAAAGCCUGUACCGCACCAUGGGAGCCGCUCAACAUGACUAAGAAACCAGAAGUUAUAAGAGUGGUUUUGGAUAUGGACAGAGGCAAAGUGACAUUUUAUGACCCCAGAGAGAGAACACCCCUCUACACCUUUGAAAACAUCAUAACACCCAGAGCCUUUCCCUACUUUUGUACUGCCUGUAAAGAGCAACCCUUAAAGAUCCUUCCAACAAAAAUAUAUUUGUCAACAGAUMGAUAAUUUAACUUGGAGAUGGAAUUUCAGUUGUUUUUUAAAAUAAUGAAGCUCUUCUAAAAAUUAGUUUGUGAAUAUUGUUUUUGUUCAAUAAAUGAUGCGUGUUCACAGGACAGCAUGCACUUCAAAAUGAAAGUURCAAAAAAAGCAGAUGGGAACUGCUUACAUGUGAAAUGUCUUAAAUAAAUUACAUAAAACAAA